AGAAAGUAGCUUCUGUGUACUGUACAUAAAGUAAGGGAGAUAUUGUCUGUAGCGACAUGUUGGUUAAAUAUUUUCUGUCAGCUUAACCACAUGGCAUUUACUGUGGCAUUGGAAACAUAGGCCUAAUUUGUAUUAAUUAUUGGACUUCGUUUUGUACUGAGAGGUCAAUUUGCAGACGGUCCCUAAAGCAAGCCUAGGCGAAUGUCAAUUAUAUGAAAUUAUUGAAAUAGUAGGGCAAGUUUCUCCUCAGGCUUGUUUCCUUUUUUAUUUAUAGAAAUGAAUUGUUUGUAUAAACAUAUAGGCCUACUUUAUGUGUGGGUGGGUGGGUGAGUGAAUGUAUUUCAUUAUGUUUAUAUAUUAUAUGUGUUUACGUUGUAUAAUUUCAAUUUUUUCAAUAAUGGUAUUUUGUUUAAUAAAUAAUGAAUGAAUGAUGAUAAUAACGUUUAAAAUGAACGUAGGCUAUGUUUCUGUCAUUCUUCAUUCAGUGCGUGUUUAAAUAAAUUUUUGCUUCUGAGGUUUUCCUCAAUGGGUGUCUUAAACUUUAGUUUAAAUGUCAUUAUCAUUCCUUAGCGGCGGUUGGACAUCUUUGCCCAAGAUUUAGCCUACUGUCACCACUAAGCAAGCAUAUUUUAUCACCGUUUCCUCUCUGCCACUCUCUGAUUAUGUAAAGUCUGCAAAGUAAAGGCUCAGUUUCCGUGAUACACCUGGUUACUCACCACAUGUGAUAGUAAAUUUAAAUAUAAAAAAACAACAACCUUAAGCUUCUUACGAGUGUUGCCAAAACUGCGUUUUCCUUCAGUUUAGUAGACGAAGCAUCCUGAUUUUCAACAUCUGAUUGUCGUUUUACAAAACGCAACUUGUAGCAUUAUGAUUUAUCUGAACUCCCAAUAUCGAGUCGAACUUUGACAUCUGAAGCUACACAUUACUCCUACUCAAACAUACAAGUGGUUUCAGAGCGAUUUUGCGUGUCUCCUAACUGGUUUAUUGCGUUUUAUCUAAAGUCCCAAAAUGCAUUUUAAUUGCCAGCCGAUUUUAUGUGCCAGUGCCUUAAGUUGUGUAUUUCCUCUGUAGCAUGGCAAAGCUACAUUACACAUCACUUUACAUAAUUAUCCCUCUUAUAACGUUCCAUGGAAAUGCUUUCCAACGUCGUCUCACUCACGCUUCAUUAAACAUUUUGCACUCUUUCAACAUUGUGAAAAUAGUCGCGGAUAACGGUUUCCUUCCCUUUUCAGACGAGGUCAUAUAACAUCAUUAAGCGUCGUUGCAAGGCUUGAUGGAUUUGCCUGUAUUUUAUGAUGCUGUAUGAGAGCCCCAUUAAGAUAGGAAAGAAAGUGCCAUUAUUAUUAUUUUAAGAGGUCCAUGCAAACACAGAACUAUGCCAUAUAGUCUGAAUUACUCGAAAUUUGCUUAAUACAAUAAAACGCUUAAAACUAUUUCAUUUUAUUUAUUUAUUUUAAUAAUUGGUGGUGGUGGUGUUGUAGUUGCUUCCAAAUAUGAGACUUGGGAAAUUCCACAAAUUGAAAAUCACCUUUUCAUGCUGCCUAUUCUCCCUUGUUCUGACCUCUCCAAACAUCGGUCUGCCUGUGCGCUCUCGCUGCGCACACAUCUCAUUAAUUCAGUUCUGUUUCACUCUCCAUGUUAAUUCGUUUACACAGAGCAGCUCGUUUUUAUUUAGUCAGGAAAACUUUAGUUCAGUGGACCGUGUGCGUGUGUGCUUAAUGGCAGAUAAGCUUGGUUAAAGCAAAAGAAGGACAACGUUAAGAGGUGUGUGAUUGUCCUUGUCCCCAGUGUCCAGAUUUUACGUAACAAGGACUUAAUGGUGCCUCUUAGUAUGUACAUUCAGAAGCCCACGCGCUCUUUUUUACAAGAAACAAAUUAAUGCAUUCUAUAUUAUUGAUAGGCCUAAACUGUAGCCUAUGUGUACACAUGGAAAAUAAAUUAUUAUGCACUUUUUAGACCCCAACUAAUUGGCAUCCCGUUACACUCUUAAAAAGUUUCCAAAAGUAGUAGCUAUUUUUUUUCCCGCAGCGAUGUCAUAAGAACCAUUUUGGAUUCCCUAAUUCCCUAUAAAGAAACCUUCAGUGAACAGUUCUUGAUCGAACCAUUUUCCAGAGAACAUUUGAAAAAUGACCUUUUCGCACUAUAUAACCUUUUGUGCAAAAGAAAGUUUCCAUGGACUUUAAAUAGCAUAUUCUUAAUAGAAUAUAAAUAAAUAAAUAACCUUUAUAUUUAAGUUGCUUUGUUGUCAUAUUCUCUUUUUUCUUAAAGCUGAGGUAGGGAACUUUUGACGCCCUAGCGGUUAAUGAACAGAACAGCUUGCAUCUUGCGGAAGAACAUCGUAGUCGGAACUACUUCUCUCUGUUUAUGUCUAUGAAGAACCACAAAGGUACUGGGUUACUCCGCCGCAGUACCACCGAAGCAAUCUAAAAUCCGAAUAUAAACACUUAUUAUAGGUGCACCCUAGUGAUUCAGGACAAGCCAAAAACACUGUUUGGAAAAUUGAUUCAUGGUGUACUCGCUUAUUAUAUUUAUAAAUCUUUCUACAUAUUGAACACAAACAAAGUUACGGACCGCAGCUCUGAUUGGUUGUUUCUUACCGGGAGCGUCUGUAACUGCAAAUGACAAUAGGACCACUGGGAGGAGCCAGAGGAGCUUGAUUUUUUUCACAGAUUAUAUGUCUCAUAUUCUACUGUCAGGACAUAAUGACAUGUUUAAUAAAUAUGUAAAAAGAAUUUUUUUUACAAAAGUUCCCUACUGCACCUUUAAAGUCAGUCAAGCUCAGUCUGGAUGAUUUUGCCUUUGAUACCCUGGUGAGAAUCGAUCAUGUCUCUCCUCUUUCGGAAGCUGAUAAAAAGAAUUUGAGCAACUUGAGGAUGUUUAUCAACAUUUUUUUUUCAAUUCCGCAACUUUUUGAGAGAGGCACGGAUUCCCCGAUUCACCUGUCUUUGCAGUAGAAUCUAACAACUGCAGGUGUAGCACAUAGUCGCAGGCAAACAAAGUGUUUGCCAAGGGCAUUGAUUUGAGCAUGGUCAGUUCUGUUCAAUUAUUGUCAAACCGCGGGGUAGUCGAAAGAGAACACGUACAGAAUCUCCUGCCAGUUGACAGGUUUGUGUAAACAGUGAAACCAAUGGUGCUGCAGGGUCACAUGUUCACGGUGGCACACCUAUGAGGCCCUCGUCCGGCGCCAGACUCAGACUGCAGGUAGAGCAGAGGUCCUGAUCAGGGGCAGGGCGCUGGCUCAUGUGCUCGUGUACAGCACGGUUUCCCCGGUCUGUGGCCAUCAUGAAUCGGGAAGAGCACUUUUACCCUCCUAACCAUCUGUAUAAGGACUCUUGCGCCUUCCAGAGACACCCCAACGAAGACUACAGCCAAAACCCUCCACCGUGUCUGUAUAUGAGUAGACAGACUCAAUCCGUCUACGCCUCAUCGUCCUUGGGCGGCCAGGACCUGCCAAAUCUUACCGACAUUACUUCUUAUAACAUUUCGACCCGUGAUGAUCUGGCAGGGCCUCAUCUUCACCUUCCCCAGAAUCCACAGACAUCUCUACAGACGCUCGGCGGUUAUGAAGACUCUCUCGACCUGUGCGGGGAUCGGAACAGAUAUCAUCUGCCAUUCCCGUGGAUGAAGUCAACGAAAUCUCACACGCACGCCUGGAAAGGACAGUGGACAGGCCCUUACAUGGUAGAGGCCGAGGAGAGCAAGCGCACGCGGACCGCUUACACCAGAGCGCAGCUGCUCGAGCUCGAGAAAGAGUUUCUCUUCAACAAGUACAUUGCGCGCCCGCGCCGCGUGGAGCUCGCGCUCACCCUCAGCCUCACCGAGAGACACAUCAAGAUCUGGUUCCAAAACCGACGCAUGAAAUGGAAAAAGGAAGAGGACAAGAGGAGAGCCAGAGGAGUGGAUCCCGAGCAGGAUUCCUCAAUCUCAUCUGGAGGUCUCAAGGAUGAGUCGUGUGUCGCUCUAACGGGACCCCCUUCACCCUCGUGUACCUCCAGUCCCACAAGACUCGUAAAAUGAACACUGACCAAAAGAGACAUGUGUCAUCCACACAAUCCAUCAACCUGCCAUCAGUGAGUGGAACUAUAAUGUGCCACAUCUCAUUUUCACAUGACAACAUUCAGUCAAAUCCUGUAAAUGUGUAUUGUACUGCUAAAAGAUUGACAGAGGGCAAUCUUAGUUGUGUGAGAGACGAAGCACGUGGAGUCAUUUUCUUGAAAGGUCUUUUUGUGUAAUAGACGUAAUUGAAUCGUCAAAUGUUCAUUUAAAACAUUAUCAAAUAUAUAGUCUAAUGGACAUUAUUAAAACUGGAAUGUAUUCAUAUUUAUAGAUAGGCUAGACAACGAACAGUCAAAAAGCCUGUUUAUCAUGAUUUUCUUUAUUAAUUAUCUUUCAUACUAUUUAUGCAGCUACUAAACAAAUUAAAAGCAUCUGUGAAGUGUGGGGUCAUAUAUUUUUUUAAUUGGGUGCAAAUAGGAAUAGUAAAAAGAAUAGUAUAGGCUAAUCAUAACCCUAAGUUUA